AUGAAUAUUUUACAUUCUACACUCUCAACCUGGCGGGAUCGCCUGGCGCCAGUGUCGCGCACUUCAACCUUCCGAAACACCGGUCAAAUCACCCCCGAGGAGUUCGUUCUCGCUGGAGAUUAUCUCGUCUACAAGUUCCCCACAUGGUCUUGGGCCGAUGCAUCGAGUCCAGCAAAACGUGUCUCUUACCUCCCACCCGGGAAGCAGUUCCUAGUCACCCGCGGCGUGCCGUGCCACCGAAGAUUGAACGAUAACUUCGCCGGAGAUGCAGGGCUAGAAGAUGAGAUAGUGAGGGACUUCCUCUCGGGCGGUGAUGGGGGCGAGAGCGCCGCGGCUGGCGAUGGAGAGGAUGGGUGGUUGCGGACUGCUGGAGGUCGCGAUACUGCCGGUGACCAGGAUAAGCAGGAAGCUCGGAUUCGCGACGUUCGGACUGUGGAUGAAUCCGGCAACUUGGGCGAACAGGAGGAUGACGAUGACGAUGACAUCCCCGAUAUGGAGGAUGACGAUGAUGACGAGGAAGCCAUUAUUCGCGAACCGGCCGGGCAGUCGGGUACCACACAAUCUCUCCGCACUUAUACCCUUUACAUUACAUACUCUAACUUCUACCGCACACCUCGUCUCUACCUUUCCGGGUAUCUAUCGGCGUCAGAACCCCUUCCUCCGCACCUGAUGAUGGAAGAUAUUGUCGGCGACUACAAAGACAAGACCGUGACGCUAGAAGAUUUCCCUUGGUUCGAGGGCAGUGUCAAGAUGGCCAGCGUGCAUCCCUGCCGCCAUGCCUCUGUCAUGAAGACCCUUCUGGAUCGCGCCGAUGCCGCGCUCAAGCUCCGCCGUGAUAAACUUAAACAAACACAGUCACGCGAAGAAGCGAACCGACUUCUGCGCGCAGGUGGGAGUGGACUCGAAGGCUUGGUUGAUGAAACGAGGAACCUUUCCCUCGCUGACCAUCCACAGGGUCAGCAUGGCGGAGAUGAGUGGGAGAUGUUGCAGCACGACGAGGAAGAACAAGUUGCUAUCCGGGUGGACCAGUACCUGGUUGUGUUCCUCAAAUUCAUUGCCAGUGUGACACCGGGCAUUGAGCAUGACUUUACUAUGGGCGUAUAG